AUGCCCUCGUCGCUCCCACCCACCAGCGCACUCCCCCACCUCGCCACGCCCGACCUCACCAAGGUCCUAGAUGUCCUCUUCGAGCCCUCAUCCACGCUGCACUCGCUCAGCCUUCCUGUGCUGCGCUCCGCCCCCUUUCCAGACUACCCCACGCUCAUCUCGGCCGUGACGGCACAGUUGUCCGCCCUCGCCAGCUCCACCCAGCCCCAGGAUGCACAGCGCCUAGACCAAAUCCUCGGCGCCCAUCCACGCCUGGGCGCCAAAAAGGUCGACAGCGAGCUGAGCCAAAAGGAGCAGGCCCAGUUGCACGCGGGCCACGACGACCAAGGCAGAAUGCUCGACGCCCUGAAUGCCGAGUACGAGGCCAAAUUUCCUGGCUUAAGAUAUGUCGUCUUUGUCAACGGCCGCCCCAGACCCCAGAUCAUGCAGAACAUGCGCGCCCGCAUUGACCGCGGCGACGCAAAGGCCGAAAGACUCGAGGCCAUUCAGGCCAUGUGUGAUAUUGCCCUCGACCGCGCCUCCAAGCUGCACACCGAGUAG